AUGAUUUAUCAAGUGUCAGUUCCGGUGGAAAUUCUCAAUGUGAAAAUCGACGUGUCGUUUAAGUGUCGUACGUGUGGAUCAGUUAUAAGAAAACUGACGGUAGAAAAAGAAGUCGCGAGAUGCAACAAAUGCCAAUCCAAGACUAAAGCGUGUUUAGAAGCUUGCAAGAUGAAGGUGAAUGUGAUCCAUUCACAAAACUAUUUCGAAGUUGAAUUGAAUUCACAAACAAUAACUCAGUUUGUUAAAAAUCUAGUCAAAUCCCAAGGAAAAAGUCGUUCUGAAUGGAUGAACAUCAACUACUGGCCAACUUGGAGGGACAAAAAAGUAGAAUUGGUACUUCGUCUGAAAGAAGAAAAAUGGAGUUGUAUUGGAAUAAUGGAAUUGGAAGAAGAUUUCAAACCAGUGCCGAAUCCACAAAUACAGGAAGCUAACGGAAGGAUCUCCGGACGAAGCGAGGAUAUUGGAUUUGAGGAUAGAGAAGUGAAAGUAGAAGAAGUAGAGGAACCAAUUGAUGGACCUCGUCAGAUGGAGGAAAACACAAAUGUUCAAGGAGAGGAAGGACGCGAGAAAAGACAUGAGAUUGGAGAUGGAAUGAGAGUUGAUGAAGCUGUUGUAAGAAGUAAUCAGAGAAGAAGAGGUGGAGAAAGAGAGCGUCCGGUUUCUCCAAACAUCGAAGAUGUUGAAUUCGAAGAGGACGCGGAGCAUCGAAGAAUUCCUGAAGAUUUUGAUGAUGGGGGACUCCGCGGAUAUGAUGAUAUGGAUAUGGAUUAUGAUGAUUUUGAGGAAGAAGAAGGAGAAGGAAGAAAAAGAAAUUUGGGAAACAGAGAUCUCGAUGGUGAAGAUGACAUGGAUAUGGACUUAGAUUUGGGGAGAAAUAAUAGAGAUAAGGAAGGAGGAUCACAUGAUAGUACAGAUGAGCUCGAAGAAUCCGAUAGCGACGAGGGAGAAGAGUGCGAUCCACGUUCCGGAGAAGAUUCAGACAGCGAGCAAGAAUCACAAGGAGAUGAUGAAGAUGAGGAAGAAGUGGAAGACGACAGCGAUGAGGAGCCGGAACAGAAGCAGACGAAGAGGAGAUCUGCGAAAGCAGUCACACUCAAGACUGGUCCUAAGAAUGUUCAGUUGAAAAAGAAGAAGGCUAAGGAGCCUCGAAGAAAAUUUUCUGUUAAUCAGAAAAAAGUGCUCAAUGAUGAGUUCAAAAGAAAAGUGAAUCCCAGUAAAGAACGAUGCGAAGAAAUCGGGAAAAAGGUGAGAAGGUGGUUCAGAGACCAGAGAUAUCUAAAGAAGAAUCCCGAAAAAAAGAUAAAUAGAGGAAUGGGGCCAAGAAAUCGAUAUAAUGACAACCAAACAAAGAUCUUGAAUCGAGCAUUCGAAGUAAAUCAAAAUCCCAAUAAGGAGCAACGUGAGCCACUCCUCGCAAAAACAGGACUCACUGAUGAUCAAGUGAGAGGCUGGUUUUGGUCACGACGUGACCGUCUUACUAAAUAA